AUGGGUAAAGUCCACGGAUCCCUCGCUCGUGCCGGCAAGGUCAAGUCUCAGACACCAAAGGUCGAACCACAAGAGAAGAAGAAGUUGCCCAAGGGCAGAGCGAAGAAGAGAAUGGUAUACACUCGACGAUUCGUGAACGUUACGAUGACUGGUGGCAAGAGAAAGGUCAGCAGCAUCAUGGAAUGUGUACGAUAG